AUGAGCCGGACAACGCACAGCGAGACCAGUGUGAGCUCGAGUAGCAGCGUGAGCGUGACUUCCCAGACUGAAUCCAACACGUUCAGCGACACGACGGCGAGUAGCGUCAGUGCGACCAGCACGCUCACGAUCACCAGUGAUACCACGACGAGCUCCACGACUCCGAGCAGCACCAGCAGAAGUAGCAGCACUAGCGAGACGACGGACAGUGUAACCAGCUCGUCGCAGAGUAGCAGCAUGAGUAUAACCAGUGUGAGUGCGACAAGUUCCGUGUCCUACACGACCACGGCCAUCAGUGUGAGUGCAACGAGCACCAUGACCUCUACGUCCAUGGUCACCAGUACUGUGAGCAGUGGCAGUGAGUCCAGCACGCUGACAGGAACGUCCAGCAGCCAGACUGGGACGAGCGGGACAUCGCAGAGUGCGACCAGUGUGAGUUGGAGUAGCAGCGUGAGCGUGACUACCACGUCUGAAUCCAGCACGAUCAGCGGCACUACAGCGAGUAGCGUCAGUGCCUCCAGCACGCAGACGGCCACAAGUAAUACCCAAACGAGCUCCGCGACUGCGAGCAGCACCAGCAGAAGUAGCAGCACUAGCGAGACGACGGACAGUGUAACUAGCUCGACGCAGAGUAGCAGCACGAGUAUAACCAGUGUGAGUCUCAACGAGCAUUACUACCUUUACGAACACGGACACCAGUACUGUGAGCAGUGGCAGUGA